GGAAGUGUGGGUCGCCGAAAAAAAGGUUUGAAAACCACCACCCUAGACCAUCCUAGGACAGAAUAUGUACAGUAUAUUUGCUUUGGACUUCAUUGCUCCGUCUCCCUUCCUCCCUCUAACCCCUCCUCCAGACCGAAACAGGAAGUCCAUUCCACUCCCACAUUCUCUCUUCUGAAAAAAAGAAACGGAAUCUCUGUUCGUGUGACAGUGAACAACAACAGUCAGAAUGGCUCAGAAGGGAGUUCUGUUGGACCAGGACCAGUUCUGUUGUUCUAUCUGUCUGGAAUUACUAAAGGAGCCGGUCACUAUCCCCUGUGGACACAGUUACUGUAGGAGCUGUAUUCAGAGUUGCUGGGAUCAGGAUGAUCUGAAAGGGGUCUACAGCUGUCCUCAGUGCAGACAGACUUUUACCCAACGACCUACUUUAGGGAGAAAUAACAUUUUGGCAGAGGUGGUGGAGAAACUGAAGACAGGACUCCUGCCUUCUACCAGUAGUCUGUGCUAUGCUGGACCUGGAGAUGUGGCGUGUGAUUUCUGCACCGGGGCCAGAAAGCAAAAAGCCCUCAUGUCCUGUCUGGUGUGUCUGGUGUCAUCCUGUGAGACUCACCUCCAACCUCACUAUAAUGUCCCAGGACUGAAGAAGCACACGCUGAUCAAAGCCUCCUCACAACUAAAGGAGAAGAUCUGCUCCCAACAUGAUGAACUGCUGAAGAUUUACUGUCGUACCGAUCAGAAUUGUAUCUGUUUUUUAUGUACGAUGGAUGAACAUAAAGGCCAUGAGACAGUAACAGCUGCAGUGGAGAGGAAAGUGAAACAGAGUCAGCUGGGCAUGAGUCAGCAGAAAGUCCAGCAGAGAAUUCAGCAGAGAGUGACAGAGUUGAAGGAGCUCCAACAUGCUGUGGAGUCUCUCAAGCUCUCUGCACAGACAGCAGUGGAGGACAGUGAGGAGAUCUUUACCGAGCUGAUCCGCUCCAUUGAGAGAAGGAGCUCUGAGGUAAAGGAGCUGAUCCGAGCCCAGGAGAAGACUCAAGUGAGUGAAGCUGAAGGACUCCUGGAGCAACUGGAACAAGAAAUAGCUGAUCUGAGGAGGAGAAGCACUGAGCUAGAGCAGCUCUCACACACCGAGGAUCACAUUCAUUUCCUCCAGAGUUAUCAGUCUCUCUCCAGUUCUAGUGACGUUCUAUCUUCAGACAUACUCAGAAUCUUCAUCAAUCCUCUUCAGUACUUUGGAGAGGUGAAUAAGGCUUUGUCCGUGCUAAGAGAUAAACUAGAAGACGUCUUUAAAGGAGAAUGGAUCAAGAUCUACUCCACAGUGAAUUCAGUAAAGGUUUCAGGACCUCCAGAGCCCAUGACCAGAGAACAGUUCUUACAAUAUUCCUGUCAGCUCACACUAGACCCAAACACAGCACAGAAAUGCCUCUCUCUGUCUGAGGGAAACAGAAUGGUGAAACCUACAUCAUAUAUUGAAGAUCGAAAUCCUGACCAUCCAGAGAGAUUCACUGACUGGUGUCAGGUUCUGUGUAUAGAGGGUCUGUCUGGACGCUGUUACUGGGAGGUGGAAUGGAAUAGUAAGAAUGGUUUAACAGCAGUCUCGUAUAAAGACAUAAGUAGAAUAGUUAAGUGUAAUGAUUCUAGAUUUGGAAAGAAUGACAAAUCCUGGAGUUUAGAGUGCUAUAACAAUGGAUAUUAUAGUUUCAGACACAAUAAUCUUGAGACUAAAGUGCCAGGGCCAAAGUCCUCCAAAGUAGGAGUGUUCCUGGACUAUAAGGCAGGUACUCUGUCCUUCUACAGCGUCUCUGACACAAUGACCCUCCUCCACAAAGUCCAAACCACAUUCACUCAGCCACUCUAUCCUGGGUUAUAUGUUUGGUACCAAGGUGAUUCUGCUGAGCUGUGUCAACUGUAGAGUAUCUAAUAUUAGUGAUGAUUGAUCAUGUUUACUGUGUCAAUUACUGUGGUCUGUACAAUUAUUCCCUCUGAGUGAUUUCAUGAGUGAUACUGUAUAUAAUCAGGGGCGUAGGUAUGUGUUGCAUAUUGAGGUUACAGUGGGUCAGUGGGUCCUGGGAUUUUCACUCAUUUCCCGGGGUCAGGGAGGGAAUAAGAUGAAGUGGAGGCUUUUUGAAAGUAAUGGCUGUAAAAACUAUACUCAAAUGUUUUGAAAGUACAAUACAUAAAAGUGUGUAAAUAUAAAUAAGCAAAUGGAAAGCCCAAUAACUUCAGAAUACAUUUAAAUUGUAGUCAAUUACCAGCUUAAACUCAAUGUAACUGUCAUUGUAAGUGAGGGUUAUUUGGGGGGCUUUCACCUCGUUUGGGUUUCUUUGUAGAACUAUGAGAAAAUGUGUUUUUAACUUUUGAGUUUCAAAAUGAAUGAAAAUAAAGCUAAGCU